AUGUACAUUCUAGCACAGAGUUGGCAACCAGCUUUUUGCUAUCAUAAAGAGCAGCAAUAUCCUGGUUGUCAUACCCCAGAGACCUAUUGGCGUUCUCAUUUAACACUACAUGGACUUUGGCCAGAACGUUACAAUCUUAUUCCACCGAGUUUUUGUACCGAUGAAGCAUUUGAUGCAAACAAGAUUGAACGAGCAGUUGGUAUUGAGACACUUCAUCAAUAUUGGCCGGAUGUGAAAUACCGUGUAACGUCACGAAAAUACACGGACUUUUGGAAACAUGAGUGGACACGUCAUGGGACAUGCUCAGGUUUAAAACAAGUGGAGUAUUUUACAUAUGCUAUUGACCUUGAACGCAAUGAAACACUUGCACCAACACCGCAAAUUGUACAAGAUAAUAUUGGAGGAUACGUGGAUGCAAAGAUCCUUCGCAAAGCUUUUGGAGAGGCAGCGCUCGUGUGUGAAAAGGUGCACGGAAACAACAAUGGUACCAUGUUCUUGCAGGUCUUUACGUGCUGGGAAAAGGAUGAGCAUAACGUGCCAAUACGGCGUCGUGCCUGUCCAGCGCAUAUUCACUCGGAAGACACGUGUGGCACAGGCAUUGUAGCCAUCCCCGCUUUUCGCGCUUUGGACAGCAACUAG